UUCUAUAUAUGCUUUAAUGCUUUGUUAGUGCUUUGAUUUUCUCCAGUAAUAUUCUACUUAUGUAUUCUUCAACCAGUUUUGGUUAAAAUACACAUAGACAUACAUAUUCCUGUGACUAGAUUUAUGUACAGCUAUACUGCUGUAACUAGAUGUGAAUUCAUCACCAUCAAUGGCAUUACAACCUGAGUAUUUGCUGCAUUUACUAUUGCCUUCCAUGUUUGUCAGUUCUGUGCCACUAUUUCCCAUUGUCUCACUCCCAUUUUCUCUAGAUUUCCACCUUUUUCUAGGCCGUCCUUUAGACCUCUUUUCUGGUUUUUACCAAAACACAUUUAUUAUAAUGUGAUUGUCCUUAGUGUGUAUUACAUGUACUGUCCAUCUUAGUCUAUUAGUCUUUAUAUACCUCAUUGAUUUUACUUUCUGAAGAGAGACUCUAGCUUGUUGUAUCUGCACCUCCUCUGGUUUGUCACGCUAUCUCUACAAGGGCCAUAUAUCACUAGAAGAAUUUUACGUUCCCACACCAGCAAUUUAUUUACUUAUCUUUUUGUCAACAUCCAUGUUUUGCUUCCAUAUUCUCUAUAUUACUAUAAGCUUAGUGUCUAGGUCACCAGUCUAAAAUUUUCUUGGUUCAUCUUCCAUCUUUGAAUAUGGCAUGACUUGCCAAGUUCCAUUUCAGCAUUGUAAUUCUUUUAACUGCAUCUGCAACUGUAACACCAGUUUUUCUCCCAUUUUAUUUGAAACUCUAUCUCUGUGGGAUAUUCAACAUUGACCUAUCCAUUGUUCUCAGUGAUACUUGUAUUUUAUUGAUUACUUUUCUGGCAAGGGUCAAUGUUUCCACUACAUACGUUAGAACUGGGAGUAUACAUUGAUCAAAGACCAUCCUUUUUAAGCACAUGGGAAUAUCCUCAGUUCUUAAGGUACAUCACACCUUAAUCAACGCAAAGCUUAGAUUCAUAUAUUGCUGCUCACACCAUACAAGCGAUAUUACAGCAUUAGCAGACAGCCAAGGAAACAUAUUUCUCAUUGACUACUCCAAUGGAAAGUUCUGGGGACUACCAAAGUUCUCUUCAUCAACACUUAUAGAAUUUUCACCACUAAACCAUGACCAUCUGCUUAUUGGAAUAGAAGGAGGUGACAUACUGAUUUGUAACAGUCAGUCUGGAUAUAUGGUUGAAAAACUUCUGGGUCAUCGCUACAGUGUUUUCAGAGUUUCUUUUUCAAAAGAAAAAUUAUUAUCUGCCUCAAAGUAUGAAGCUAUAACAUGGGAUUUGGAAAGUUUCUCGAAACUACAAGUUUUAACCUUAGAAGAGGAUUGCUCGCUAAAGUAUGUAACAUUUGUUCCAAUUUCUGGUAUUAUUUUAGCAUGUUUUCAAGAUGAUUUAAUACAGAUGUGGUCCCCUAAUACAUAUGAAACAAUAAAGCAGUUCGCACCCAUUAAUUGGAAAAAUUGUCUAGUCAAGUCAGUCAGCUUUACCAGGGAUGGUCAAAUCAUGGUAGUAGCUGGACAUCUUCCAACUAUUUCGCUGUUUCAUCUGGAAAGUUCAAAAUUGAUAAAGAUGAUAUCCUUAAAUGAUUACUUACAUAGCAUAAAACGAGCAGAAUUUAUUACCAACGACUUAGAUGGAGGGGACAAUAAAAUUUUAGCCAUUUUAUCAGGUCAAGGUAUCCUUUACUUUCUAAAUACAGAAGAAGACAAAAUUCUAAGCCAAUUACAAUGUGAUAUAGAAAUAAACAGAUUUGUAUGUACCCCUAAUGGAACUCAUGCCAUAUGUUUGUUAUCUUCAGGAGAAGUAGAAAUUUUUAAUAUACAACAAUAUCUUUCACCCCCUGUGGAAAUAAGAGUCCAAAAAGUUCGUAAAAAAUUUCUAAUCAAUCGGAAACGAAGUCUCGCCGAAGUUCAGUUUGUUAAACAAGAAAUCGAUAGUAUCCUAGACAUAAAAAAACUGAAGUUUAUACUAAAGGAAUAUGGCGAAUAUCCGGAGAAUUACAGAAUAAAAAUAUGGGAAAGGUUACUGGAUCUUCCAAAUAAUGUAGGCAGCUACAACAAUGUUAUAAACCAUAAAACCAUUAUAGCUUUCGUAGAUUUACAUAAAAAAUAUCCAUUGGAGGAUAAAUUAUUUUUAACCAGUCUAAAAAAGUUACUAAGUAAUUUAGUAACUUGGUGUCCAUUUUUUGCUAAUGUCGAAUACCUGCCAGUAUUCGUCUUUCCGUUUGUUAAAGUGUUCCAUAAUAAACCAUUGGCGUGUUUUGAAGUUGUGUGUACUAUUAUAGUGAACUGGUGUCAACAUUGGUUCGAAUAUUUUCCGUUAGCACCAAUAAAUGUUUUGGCAAUUGCAGAAAAUGUAUUGCUCGAGCACGAUCCUGAACUACUUCAUCAUCUUGUUACCUUAAAAGUCAACUCGACGGUCUACAUUUGGUCUUUACUAGAAACAAUUUUUUCCGAAGUUCUUAUAUCUACGGAAUGGCUCAUCCUUUGGGACCAUAUUUUGACCAAUGAAAUAUCGUUUUUGUUAUGCGCCUCAGUGGCUUAUAACAUGGUUCAGCGAAAUGUGCUUCUCACCUUCAAAACUGUUGAUGAUCUUGCAUCUUUUUAUAAAAAACAAAAUCCUAUCGACGUUAAGCGAUUAAUUAAAGUAACUUAUUGUUUAUUGAAAAAUACUAGCGAAAAAUUUCAUCCUAGACAGUAUUUUACACCAUUUGGUAGUAUUGAUAAACGGGAAUACCCACAGUUUACCCAAUAUCCUACUCAGAUAGUAGGAUUUGAAAAUAAUGAAUUGAAAAAAGUAGAUGGUAGGUUUAAAAAUUUGCUUACGGAGUUAAAAACUCUUGCGAGAGAAGAUAAGAAUGAUAUCGAGGAUGUUUUAACAGAUGAACAACAAUUGGAGGAAAAAAGAAGAUUAAAAGAAUUGGAAAAGAGUUAUUCUAUGCAGAUGAAAGUUAAACAACAAAUAAUUAACAAGGAAUUAAAUAAGUUACAGCAAAUGAAAGAUACUUUUCUACAAAAACAAAUGAAGCAGCCUACUACAAUGUUUGCUAACAAUCUCCACCGGCCCUAUUUAACAGAUGAAUAUGAAAAUUUGCAGAUGAAUAAAAAGUUUGAGAUCACUGAAGAUCAACAAAGGAAACUACAAAUGGCUAUUCAGUUUGAAUUUAUUAAUAAGUUUAUUAAGAAAAUCGAAAAUGAAUUAAACUCUGAAGACCCAAAAUCGACAGCGAAACUUAAAGAAGUUAAGACUGAUUUACUAAAAACGUCACAGAAACGUCACAACAAACAACCGGAAUUAAAACUAUUAUACGCAAAUAAACACCUAGAACCUCAAGUAGUUUGUAAACGUCACGGCAGUGAAGAUUGUUUUUGUGAAGUUUUUUCUUCUAAAUGUGUACGUUUCAGUGAAUCUACUACUGGUGGCAGUAUCGACUAGAAGACUUUGAAGCCCUGUUUUCCGAAAUAAACUAUGCAACUUUUAGACGUUGAUUAUAUUUUAUUCUUACUGUAAUUAGUUUUUAUAUGCCAACUUUGUAUGUUACUUAUUAUUAAAUAUACAUAUUUUUAUAGUUUUUUAAAA